CACGCUUAGAUAUGAGAUGUCGUUGAGACGCUGCGAACAACGGUAGAUGCCGAACGGCCCCACCUUUCUUCGAGGACAUUGAGCUCUACUUUCACAACCCAUCCUUCGCAUCUGCAAGCACUCGGCGCAUCCGUUCAGUGUUCUGGAACGCAGUGCUUCAAGGUAUCUAGGCUGUAUCAGAUUUCCGACAGAUCCGCGAUCAAUUCAAUCACAAUGCCAGACAGACUCGCAGUCGACACCCGACUCCACUAUGUCUCUGAGGGCGACAGUGCCUCAGGCAAACUACUCUUGUUUCUGCAUGGCUUUCCAGAGCUAGCUUACAGCUGGAGAAAGGUGAUGCCUCUUCUUGCUGCUCAAGGCUUUUGGUGUGUCGCCGUUGAUCUUCCUGGCUACGGUCAAUCACCUCCACCAAACUCCGCCAAGUACGAUGUAGCUGUUCAACGGAGCAACAACGAAGCAGUCAAUUACGAUGAUGAUGUCAAACCCUGGUGUCGGGCUCAUACGGCCCACUUGCUCGCCACCUUUGUCAAUACAAUUUGCAACGCACAUGGGCGCAAGGCCAAAGUGGACUGCCUAGUUGGACAUGAUAUGGGUUCUCCUCAAGGUGGUGCCUUUGCACUUCUCUAUCCAGAGCUUAUCGAACGUGUCAUCCUCAUGAGCGCUCCGUGGACUGGCAUACAGCCUCUGGCAGAUGGAGAGUCCCCUGACCUGCCGAGACUGGAGGCUCAGGCCAAUUGCUUCGGUAAAGACUUUGCCAAGGAUCUGGAGCCAAGAGACGGAGAACAAGACGUCGUCAAAGUCUUGCGCGCGCUGGCUCACUCGGGACACAAGCACUACCAACAUCAUUACUGUGAGCCGAAUGCAGCUUCUACACUCGCUUGCAAAGGGGAGAGUCCCAUUACCUUUGAGCAUGCUCUUCGAUGCUACUACUAUCUCAAGUCUGGUCACAGCUGGAUGGCGCCACGUCCACUUGAAUCAUGGGAUUCGAGUGUCUUGAAGUCCCUCCCUGGCUAUUACUUACUGCCCCCAGGCUGCGCAACAAUGCAAGACUACCUCGCAGCCAUGAUCAGAUCACCGAAUCACAAGGAUGAACUGUCUCUCGAGGCCAUGGAAUCUGCGAUGUCUUCGUGGUUCACCAAAGAUGAAAUACAAGUAUACUUGAGAGCGUACACACAAACUGGCUUUCAAUCAUCGCUGAAUUACUACCGCAGUAUGACGUCAACCUUGGACAAAAUUGUUCUCGCCCAAGCUAUGCCAAAAGACAGCAACGGGCAGCUGACGAUGCCACUGCUCUUCAUUGCGGGUAGCCAUGAUUGGGGCGUAUAUCAGCAACCUGGCGCACUUCAGACGAUGAAGGACAAUGGUGCUCAGUGCGUUUUGAUCGAUGGAGCUGGUCACUGGGUCCAACAAGAAAAGCCAGGGGAGGUGGUCGACGCCAUUUUGAAGUUUAUACAGUAAUGACACACCCUCCUAUAUGCUGUAGCCUGUAGCCUUUCAACGCUCGGUGCCAUCUGAAACCUGGAACGCGACCAGAAGGCAUCUUUGACCG